AUGAAAGGCUCUUUUUAAGUGAAGGAAGCUCUAGCUGACAUCUUUGAUUAAGUAAAAGAUGUAGAUAUACACAUCUUUGGGGCUAUUUUGGAAAUAUUUCGAAUAGAGUAAGUUUAAGACAGCAUAGGAUAUCUAUCAAACAUGGGGAAUCAGAGACGAUUAGAAUCAAAAAUUUUACAACAAGUAGAGAAUAUCACUCAAGUUGAUAAGGAAUAGAAAUUUUCUGUUAUUGGAAAUGACAUGAAAUAAAUUACAGAUGUCUUAAAAAAAUUGAAAUAUCAUGAGUUCAAUUAGAAAGACUUUUCCUCUGAAGAGAAUGAAGAAUCAAAUCUAAAUCUAAUUUAAAGAAUCAAGGAUAAUAAAUAGAUAUUAGAAUUAAUGUAAUUUUUAGUUCACCUUACAUCCAUUGAUGAAGCUUUAAUAUAGGGUGGGUCGAAUUCAUUACAUUUAUUAGUUUAGAUGAAGGUAGACCUUAGAAUAAAAAAUUUUGAAAAUAUUAUAAUCUAAAACACUUCUUUGAUUGGUGCAAAUUUUGUUAGUUGUAAUUUAAGUGGAUCUUAAUUCAAAAAUGUCAACAUAAGUGGAAUAAAUCUGAAUAGAGCAUAAUUAUUUAAUUGUAAAUGGAGAGAAUUAAGAAUCCAUGAAUUAAACUAAUUACAUGGCCAUAGUAAUUACGUAAGAUCAGUUUAUUUCUCUCCUGAUGGUAAUACAAUAGCAUCUGGUAGUUUGGAUAAGUCUAUCCGUCUAUGGGAUGUCAAAACAGGAUAAUAAAAAGCCAAAUUAGAUGGUCAUGAUUAGUAAGUUAAAUCAGUCUGUUUCUCUCCUGAUGGAAAUACAUUAGCUUCUGGUAGUGAUGAUAACUCUAUCCGUCUAUGGGAUGUCAAAAGAAGAAAAUUGAUAGCCAAAUUAGAUGGCCAUACUAGUUGUAUUAACUCAGUCGUUUAUUCUCCUGAUGGAAAUACAUUAGCUUCUGGUAGUGAUGAUUAGUCUAUCCGUCUAUGGGAUGUCAAAACAGGAUAAUAAAAAGCCAAAUUAGAUGGUCAUAGUUAUAAUGUCUACUCAGUCUGUUUCUCUCCUGAUGGAAAUACAUUAGCAUAUACAGGUGGAAGUAGAUCUCUUUUUUUGUAAGGAGAUAACUUUAUCCGAAUAUGGGAUGUCAAAACAGGAUAAUAAAAAGCCAAAUUAGAUGGUCAUACUAGUUGUAUUAACUCAGUCAGUUUCUCUCCUGAUGGAAAUACAUUAGCUUCUGGGAGUGAUGAUUAGUCUAUCCGUUUAUGGGAUGUCAAAACAGGAUAAGAAAAAGCCAAAUUAGAUGGUCAUGUUUUGUAAGUUAAUUCAGUCUGUUUCUCUCCUGAUGGAAAUACUUUAGCUUCUGGUAGUUAUGAUAUGUCUAUCCGUCUAUGGGAUGUCAAAACAGGAUAAUAAAAAGCAAAAUUGGAUGGUCAUACUAGUUGUAUUAACUCAGUCGGUUACUCUCCUGAUGGAAAUACAUUAGCUUCUGGUUGUAAUGAUGAGUCUAUCCGUCUAUGGGAUGUCAAAACAGGAUAAUAAAAAACCAAAUUAGAUGGUCAUACUAGUACUGUCUACUCAGUCUGUUUCUCUCCUGAUGGAAAUACAUUAGCUUCUGGUAGUGAUGAUAAGUCUAUCCGUCUAUGGGAUGUCAAAACAGGAUAAUAAAAAGCCAAAUUAGAUGGUCAUACUAGUUGUAUUAACUCAGUCUGUUUCUCUCCUGAUGGAAAUACAUUAGCUUCUGGUAGUGAUGAUAAGUCUAUCCGUCUAUGGGAUGUCAAAACAGGAUAAUAAAAAGCCAAAUUAGAUGGUCAUACUAGUUGUAUUAACUCAGUCUGUUUCUCUCCUGAUGGAAAUACAUUAGCUUCUGGUAGUGAUGAUAAGUCUAUCCGUCUAUGGGAUGUCAAAACAGGAUAAUAAAAAGCCAAAUUAGAUGGUCAUACUAGUUGUAUUAACUCAGUCUGUUUCUCUCCUGAUGGAAAUACAUUAGCUUCUGGUAGUGAUGAUAAGUCUAUCCGUCUAUGGGAUGUCAAAACAGGAUAAUAAAAAGCCAAAUUAGAUGGUCAUACUAGUUGUAUUAACUCAGUCUGUUUCUCUCCUGAUGGAAAUACAUUAGCUUCUGGUAGUGAUGAUAAGUCUAUCCGUCUAUGGGAUGUCAAAACAGGAUAAUAAAAAGCCAAAUUAGAUGGUCAUACUAGUUGUAUUAACUCAGUCUGUUUCUCUCCUGAUGGAAAUACAUUAGCUUCUGGUAGUGAUGAUAAGUCUAUCCGUCUAUGGGAUGUCAAAACAGGAUAAUAAAAAGCCAAAUUAGAUGGUCAUACUAGUUGUAUUAACUCAGUCUGUUUCUCUCCUGAUGGAAAUACAUUAGCUUCUGGUAGUGAUGAUAAGUCUAUCCGUCUAUGGGAUGUCAAAACAGGAUAAUAAAAAGCCAAAUUAGAUGGUCAUACUAGUUGUAUUAACUCAGUCUGUUUCUCUCCUGAUGGAAAUACAUUAGCUUCUGGUAGUGAUGAUAAGUCUAUCCGUCUAUGGGAUGUCAAAACAGGAUAAUAAAAAGCCAAAUUAGAUGGUCAUACUAGUUGUAUUAACUCAGUCUGUUUCUCUCCUGAUGGAAAUACAUUAGCUUCUGGUAGUGAUGAUAAGUCUAUCCGUCUAUGGGAUGUCAAAACAGGAUAAUAAAAAGCCAAAUUAGAUGGUCAUACUAGUUGUAUUAACUCAGUCUGUUUCUCUCCUGAUGGAAAUACAUUAGCUUCUGGUAGUGAUGAUAAGUCUAUCCGUCUAUGGGAUGUCAAAACAGGAUAAUAAAAAGCCAAAUUAGAUGGUCAUACUAGUUGUAUUAACUCAGUCUGUUUCUCUCCUGAUGGAAAUACAUUAGCUUCUGGUAGUGAUGAUAAGUCUAUCCGUCUAUGGGAUGUCAAAACAGGAUAAUAAAAAGCCAAAUUAGAUGGUCAUACUAGUUGUAUUAACUCAGUCUGUUUCUCUCCUGAUGGAAAUACAUUAGCUUCUGGUAGUAAUGAUAAGUCUAUCCGUCUAUGGGAUGUCAAAACAGGAUAAUAAAAAGCCAAAUUAGAUGGUCAUAGUGAUUAUGUUAGAUCAGUUUGUUUCUCUCCAGAUGGAAAUACAUUAGCUUCUGGUAGUGAUGAUAAGUCUAUCCGCCUAUGGGAUGCCAAAACAGGAUAAGAAAUUAAAUCUUCUGAUAUAAACUACAAAGAUAUACUUGCAUAAUUUACGAUUCCACUCUAAUAAAAUUGUCCAUUAUAAGAAGGUACUAUUAAUUUUUUGAUAUUUUAAGCCUCCAAUUACAUCACUACACUUCUCAUAUCCUAAUAGGCCAUAUUUUAAGCAUAAGGAGCACUAAUUUUGAAAGGAGAGUUUAUCAAUCAAUCAGGUAUAGACUUAAAGACAUUGUUUAAACAAAAGGGUAGCUGUAUUUUAGAAGACCUUAAGAAAAAGUGA